CGAACAUUUCAUUAUUCAUCCACAGCCUAUCAACGCCUCACAAUCCCGAUCAACACAUCUCUCUCGCCCGUAUUCCAUAACCCUCAAGAUCAAACCAGACUAAAAAAAAAGACAAGCAAGAUGGAAAUAGCUAAAUCAAACCGGCCGAGCCGCGCCACCCAUCCGACGAGCCGGACUAGCCCACCAAACAAUGUACACGCAAGAGCUGGAAAAGGCAAAGUGAAAAGGAACGCACGCAGUCGAACUAUUUCUCCGCCACCUUCCUUACUUGCAUCAAGGCACGUAACAUUGGAACGCCAAGCCAAGUUUUUUGUCCCAUUUUCCCUCUCUCACUCUCCUGCGUCGUCUGGCCGGUCCCUGUCUGUUGGUGCUCCGCCGCCGGUUCGACGCCCCGAAAUUCCGACCAGGGGUCGCGCACGCUCUCCCCUCUCCAACAUGUGAAGGCAGACUAACGACACGCUGCUACUGCUCAAUUCGUCCACCUCUGCAGUUAAAUUCAACGCAUUUGGCCGUUGGGAGCUUCUCCUCAUCCCGAAAAGACCUCGAUUAGCGGCUACACCGUCUUGUUACGGCCUUCGGAAGCACGCGCGAAAAGGUACU